UUUCAACAUCAAGCUCACGCUGUUUUAUUUACCUCCCAAGCGGCACCACGCGAAACACGUGCAUUUCUCGCGUUAGCUUCAUUUCGGUAACUUUAAAAUCUAAAUCUCGCGCUAAAAUGGGCAAAAUUAAGGUCGAAAAGCCCGACGCCGCCGACGUGGACACCUCGGUCGUGAAGGAAGAGGACACGUACGACGAGAAGCUGAAAAAUGCCAACGCCAUCUCGCAGCCGAUGGCCUCCAAGAAGCUGACGAAAAAGAUCCACAAACUGAUCGAGAAAGCCGCCAAACAAAAGUCCUACCUGCGUAACGGAUUGAAGGAUGUCCAAGUUCGGCUGCGGAAGGGAGAAACUGGGUAAGUUUACGUUUAUUUUGAAAUUUCCUUUCUUCCGAGAAAAUCAAAUUUAUUGUACUUUAAAAAGUAUAUGAAUUUGAAGGCU